CAGAAAAUGUCAUAACAAAUCUUGAUUCUUUGGUGGUGGCACUAUUUUUAAUAUUUGUUUAUAAAAAAUGGUAUACAUUCAUUUUCCUGCUAAUUUUACCGAAGAGGAAUUAAUGUUGCAAGCUAAAUACACAAAACUUAAGAAAAAAAAAAAAGCACUGCAAGCACUAAAAGCGCCUAAGCCAGAACCCGAGAAACCCAUAAUUCCGAAAAGACCGGCAGAAGCACGAGAUGCCAGAGAAGUAGCCAAAAAAUUAAUAAAAUCUGGAGUUAUACCGGCUAUAACUAAACAGCAAAAGCAACCCGAGCACGGCUUCAAGAGACCCAGGGGCUUAGAAAGGAAAAUCAUAUCUGACAAAACAGUGAGCGGUUACCAACCUUUUUCAGCCGUGCAAAUGGACGAUGGUCCGGAUAACCCGGAAAACAAACCCCCUAGGAUCAAAAACCUGUACGAUACAUUCGCAAAUGCCAGAGACAGGGAAGAAAGGGGCCUGAACGAGAAGCAACAGCAACAACAGAAAACCGAGAAGCCCCGUCAGGGCAAUACUAUUUACGUGUCCGGAUAUAAAAUCACCGAGGAAUUUUUGAAAAAGCAUUUUUCUACUAUAGGAAAUAUUAUAAACAUUUCGAUGGAAAUCGAAAAAAACCGCGGUUUUAUUACCUUCGAUAAAGUAGACGCUGCGGAGAGGGCUAUUUCCGAGAUGCACGGUAGUAUGGUUUCCGGGAUUCCUUUAAAGGUGUCUUUAGCGAGGAGACAACCCCAAAUCGAACCUAUCAACGAUGCAACAUCGUCAGCUGCUUGGGCAACACUCGCCUCCAGCCAUUCGCAGAAGGGCAAUCACAGAGACAAACGGAACUUGGUAACCUACGAGGACCUGUUUGAUUAAGAAAUUAUUUAUUUUAUAUGAGAAUGAGGAUUAAUUAAUUACACUAGUUGACAAGGUUUUGUGCAAAGAACUUAUGAUAAUGGGAGAGAUAUAUUCUUGGUUAAAGAAGAAAUUUUUUUGUUAAAAAAAUAUUCCACAAUUAGCGCGUCACAUAACCGAAAUAUUUUAAUAACAUUAUUUAGUUUAGUGAAAUUUAAUAUCUAAGCAAUAGGUACAUGAACAGAAACUGCAAAUUAGAAAUGCUG